AUGUCAAAACGCACAACCUUCACCACAAUCUCUCCCCUGCCCAGCGGCAUAAGCCGCGAGGCCGUCCUGGACUUCCUCCACAACCACCUGGACAUGAUCGACCUGAACCCUCUCAUCAAGGAACGCCACGUUAUCAAGCCACCCGCCCACGCCCCUCCCGAAGAGCAUUCUUGCGUCUGGUACUCGCUCACCGACGAGAUCUCUUACCUGCCUGGCGGUUUGGCCACGGGCGACGUCAGCUACACCUGCGCUUUCCACGACCUGCCCACCGGCCUGCAGACCCACUGUUACGCCCCGAUGGGUCUGGAGAUCCGGGAUAAGUGGACCGUGGCCGGCUCGCUCCCGGGCGAACCCAUCGAACCCGUCGAGCUCGGCAUCGGCGCCCCGCUGACCGGCCUGUACCUGCGCGAAGACGUUGACAUGCGCUGCAACGUCUUUACCACGUCCUUCGUCAAGAAAACGCUCAAGAAGAGCCAUGGCCAAUUGGUCGAGCGCAUCAAGUCCAAGAUGCAGCAGCAGCAGCAGCAAGCUUCUCCUGCGCCCUUCAACUCUUACCACCUGCCGUCCACGCAUGCACGUCACCACAGCCAGAACUCUCUGCACGGGUCUUAUGUCUCCAACUACCGUUCCAACAGCCCACCACAGAUGCCUCCGGCACCCAACCAUCCCGUCGCGAGCUAUGCGACGCUCGGGAACCAGAUGAACCUCCCAAUUAGGCCAUCAUAUAACAAAUCCUUGCCGCCGCCGCCACCCAACGAUGGUGCCCAGAACCCAUUUCAGAACGCAUAUCCAAGACCACUCCACAUCCGUCAAGUCUCCAGGGGAGCGCCGGCAAAGUCGCAACCCGGCGCCUUGAGCAACAACAACUGCUACGCCCACUCCGACUAUCCUGACUUCGCCACCAAUCCGUACGAAGUAAAGCCGCUGUCGCACUCGAACUCGUCGCCCUAUGCAGCAGGCCUCUCUGGCGGUGACGCAAAACGGCAACAGACAGGACCCUUUGUAGCCGAGCUGGAAUGA